AUGAGUAGCAAAGACAAAAAGACACCUUCGACGAUAUCGAAGACCCACGAAAAGACAACAUCACAGCGCUCGACGGCGAACGAUCAAAAUGACCCCACCCUAAGCACCAACCUCCACUUGAAUCGAUCGUCCAAAGCUUCCGAGCAGCGCUCAUUCCUUGAUAUGCACCGCCAGAACCAGGAGCUGAAGGCCAUGCUGUCAGAAUGCAACACCACUCUUCAACGGUGCAUUGCAGAGCUCGACAAAAGCUUAGCCGAGAAGGAAAAGAAGCGACGGAAGUAA